AUUUAAAACCGGAACAAACAAGGCAGAGAAAAAGUCGAUCGGUUAACGAGUUUUUUUUUAGCGGGUGUUUUUAUGUGACUUCAGGGAGGAAGUGUGUGUUUAAACAGGAAUUAUAUAUAUAUAUAAAAAAGGAAGCUAAUUGUGCUUAUCUGGAGAGCAGCAGACAUACUUAAAGAUGAUUCCUCAUCAUUAGCUAAACUAUAGUUUUAUUUGAACCCAAAAGCAAAUUUUUAUGUAUAGGGGUAUAUUUUAGAGGUUUUUAAUUCAUCCGACCUGCCAUGGAGAGGUCAGUGUUUGGUCGGAGAAUGAGCGGGGCUGGAGGGGUGCUGUGGCCGCUGCUCGGCGCGUGUCUCUGGGCUGCGGUGGUCGGGUAUAAGCCGGUGAUCAUCGUGCACGGCUUGUUCGACAGUUCGGACGAUUUUAAGAACUUACUGCGAUUCAUCAACGAGUCUCAUCCUGGGACCAAUGUGACGGUCAUCGACUUGUUCGACCGCAGUGCCAGCUUGGAGCCCAUGUGGAAACAGGUGGAGGGCUUCAAAGCAGCUAUUUACCCGAUAAUGCAAAACGCUGCAGAAGGAGUUCAUUUUAUUUGCUACUCUCAAGGUGGACUCGUUUGUAGAGGGAUCCUCUCCACUCUGCCUGACCAUAACGUCCACUCGUUCAUCUCUCUGUCUUCACCUCAGGCUGGCCAGUAUGGAGACACAGACUACCUAAAGUACCUUUUCCCUCAGUUUGUAAAGUCAAACCUUUACCAUCUUUGUUACACCGCUAUCGGUCAGAGGAUUUCUAUCUGCAACUAUUGGAACGACCCCCACCACAGAGACCUGUAUGUGAACAGCAGUGACUACUUGGCUUUAAUUAACAGUGAGAGACCGAACCCAAAUUCAACAGAAUGGAAGGAGAACUUCCUGAAAAUCCAGAAGCUGGUGCUGAUUGGUGGACCAGACGAUGGCGUCAUCACCCCCUGGCAGUCGAGUCAGUUUGGGUUUUAUGACGACAACGAGACCGUCAUUGAGAUACAGCACCAGGAUCUGUAUCUGAAAGAUGUAUUUGGCCUGAAGACACUAGCAGCCCGUGGAGAUCUGAUCUUCUGCUCCGUUCCGGGAGUCCAACACGUCUGGUGGCAUUCGAAUGAGACGGUGUUCCACACCUGCAUAGAGAAGUGGCUGGUGUAGAGACGCUCACACAGACAGAUUCUCUAUAGUUGACUUUCUCCUCACAAAAAUACAGCAAUCUCCACAAUCCCAGUUGUUUCAACCUAAGGGAGGAAUCUCAUUUUGUGCUGUCUCUUGAUAGAUUUUUGCUUUUGCACAAAAAAAAAAAUAUUUAUGUGCUUAUGUUUUAAAUUAGUUUUUAAUGUAUUUAUUCUUCAACCGAGACUGCAGAGAGUAGAAGGGAGCCUUGUUUUAAAAUUUGCACAGUCGAUAUAAAGCUACAGUUAAUGGUUUACCUCCCUCUGAGACAAUGUUCAACAAAACCUUAAUAUUUUACACCAGAAAUGUCUAAAAUAUGGGAUUUUUAGAGAGGAAGUUGCUCUGCCAAACUUCUAAGACAAUAUAAAAUAUGUUUAUAUUUAGUCUUCAGAGCUGAGAGGCACAGAAACUCUUGGAUGUGAACCCUGUUACAGAGUUCAGAAGAAUCUUCCAGUAUCAGUAAAGUGUUAAACAUGAAGUCAGCGAUGCUAGAAAGUAUUUAAAAGUAAACAUUUACAAAUGUCAUGGCAUGCAUUUAGUUCAUUUUUGAGAGAACAAGACAGGCAGCAGAUAACAGGAAGGUUAACCGUAGGUUUAGUUAGCCUUGCUGCCUGCAUAACCGCUAAUAUAUGAAAGAUAAUUUAAGCUGUCUACUCCAAUCAUUUCAGGUAUUGAAUAAUAACGGCCGCUCAGUUUAGAGGCUAGAAAGAAAUAUUUUGAUACCUUUAUAUUGGGCUGUUCUAUAAUUCUUAAAGACAAAUUGGAUUAUCCAUGGGUCAAACAUGUAUUAAAAAAUAUGAAUCAAAGACAAAAAUAGUUUGUUAUAUCUCUAGGUACUCUUUUGCUAUUAACAUUAUGACACAGACAGCCACGUGUCAAGAUGUGAAUCCAGCCAGCUGCAAGUUUAAUCUCCAGACCUCCAGGAGUGAACUUAAUCUCAGUAACAUAUUCCUAUGAACUUCUCCUUUCAGAGCUAACUGUAUUUUUACAGUUAAACAAAAUUCAAAAACGUCUUUAUUUUAAUGUAAUCUUUUAAGGUGGUUUGUCAUUUUGAUGUUCAUCCACUUGAAAUCCAGGAUAAAAUUAAACAAUAACAUUUAAGUUUAUGCAUAGAUAUAAUUUGGAUUAUGAAAUCAUGUUAUGGUAGUUAUGGAAUGGGUUGUUCCUUUUAGAUCUAGAGGAUUUAUCCUCUAAGUUCAGAACACAGCUGGAAAUUUUAGGAAAUACUUUAAUUUGUUCUGCCAAUUGGACUAAAUUGGACCUUAAAGAGAAAUUUGGUUGUUAAUCUGUUAUAUAAGAGAGUGGCUGUUUUCACACCAUGCUAACAAAUUUUAAUAACAGAGACGGUGAUAUUUUAGCAGUUAUAAAGCAGAUAUUUGAGCAGUUAUAAAGCACAAACAACUAUCAGCUGCCACGUCUGCAUUUUGACCCAUGGGUGGAGAGACAGAUAAAGCCUCCUAACAGAUGCUGGCUUGCAGUUUGUAGCACAGACAGAAACCUGAACUGUUGGAUGAAGUGGUAGAUUCACUCCAUUACCAAGAAGAUAAUAAAACAACGUUAUGGCUCUUUUUUUAUAAAUCCUGUUUGAUCUGCCUUUAUGGAAUUCAAACCCAAGUGUUUAUUACCCAUACAGCUGAUAUUUGCACCUUUUUGUUAGCAUGAAUUGCUAUUAUAUUUAUGUAGACAGUCAUUUGCGUAUUUUAGCGUGUCCAUUAGACAUAUCUCAACAACACCAUGCAAACCCAAUCGUGCCUAAGCGACCUGCUGUCGUACUGUACAGAUGAUUACUGCCCUGCUCAUCUUGUGAUGCAGACAUUUAUACCAUCUUUAACUAAAUCUAGACCUUUCUUAUUCUUUUAUUGUUGUUGUUCAUGAACGAUCUGAUCAUUAGUAUCAGGUUUGUUUGUUUAUUUCUCAGCUUCAUGCAGUACUUUAGAAAUCUUCUUCCACUUUAGAUAAAGCCUUAAAUGUUUUUUCCUACAUGCCUCAGUGUUUCAUGUCCAAAGUGCUCUGACGCACUGCCUUCAGUGACGGUGCUAGAAAAAAAAAACACCCAUAGUUUAUCUAAGAAAAUCUGGGAGCAGAUGCAAAGCAACCAGUCAGGCAGUGCUGUGUUACAGGUCUGCUAAAAGCUUACAGUUCUGGUCAGACAUCUACGAUACAUUCCUCAUGGGCAUAUGUUAUUAAUCAUGCGUUAUCUUAUCGGAACCAGUGUUUGUCCAAGGUGCAAUGGAAACAACACAUGCAGCUUUAGUGGAAAAAAAAAAAGAAGAAAUAAAUGUAUGGGUGGGUUAAUGCAAGUAAAAAAGGAAACAAAUGACUUUUUGUUACCAUCAACAAGCUUCUCAAAUAAUAUUUGUCUAAUCUUCUUUGUAUUUCUCAUUUAAGAUCGUUGCUUUCCAGGCAUGAAGCUGGUUCUUAAAUAGUGUAAAAAUAUUUCCAGGAGGUAUUCACCUGAAUGUUGGCCUCCUUCAGUCGUUCCAGUAGGUUUUUUUAUUUUAUUUUUUUAUCAUUUCCAGCUGAAAUUAUGUGAAGAGGUAAGGGCGUUUGGGAAUAGUUCUGCAGUAGCAUAUGUAGCAAACUAGGGCUGCAACUAACAAUUAUUUUGCAAAUUGAUUAAUCUGUCAAUAAUUUUUUUCGAUUAAUAAUCUGAUAGCAAAAGGUAAAGAAGAUUUUUUAUGAAUAUAAAC